AUGCCCAACCAAGACUCAACGAGCAACGAAGCGGGUAGUGCGUCGGAAACGAAGUCAUCGUCAACGCAGCAAGAUGCCACCACCUCCACAGCCAUUGAUGCGAAAAACAUCAAAGAUGCUAAGCCAAGCGAGAAGAGCGAGGAAGACGUGGCGGGUGCUGCCUCAGAAGACAAAGACUCGUCAAGCCAGCAAGACGCCGCCACCGCCACCCCUACAGCUGAUGGUAGGAAAGACAACGAAAAGUCUGAGCUAAGCGAGACGGGCGAAGAGGGCGAGGAAUUCUCGGGGUUAGGACCUUGCGACACGAUCAUGCGAUUCGAAGUGACAUGCUGGAAGGCAUGGGACGAGGGAGAAGGGGGGGGAGGGUUGAUAAAGGCGUCGCAGCGGAAACAGUUGUGA